ACCGCUGUAACGAAACUCCCAAUUGAGAAUCAACGCCAAGUCUCUUUCCUAGAAAUUAUUAUUUCGAUCGUUCAUUUCCAUCUCGUCCGUUAUCGCGUUCGAUUGUGAGCUCCGCCGCGCCAUCCAACAUCCGAAAUGUUGAGCCGAAAAAAAAUUUGAUCAGUUUCAGCUUAUCACUGCAAGAUGGAACCCCAACGUAACGCCUUCAAUCUUGGUGAUAUUGCAACGAGUAGAACCAAAAUUUUAACCGAAGAGGAAAAACUUCGCCUCACAGAGCAGAACAAACGGAUGGUGAGCGAUUUUCAAGCCCGUAAGCUUGAGUCGGAAGCACGUAAGCAUUGGGAUCUGUUUUACAAGCGCAACGAAACGCGAUUUUUCAAAGACCGUCACUGGACGACACGUGAAUUUGUUGAAUUGCUUCCGGAAAGUUCCGAAACGCCUGCAGAUAGCGUUAAAACACUACUUGAGAUUGGAUGUGGUGUUGGUAAUUUGAUUUUCCCUUUGAUAGAAGAUGGUCAUCGGGAUUAUUUCAUAUAUGCGUGCGAUUUAUCGACACACGCGGUUGAGUUGGUGAAGCAACAUAACCUAUACGAUGAGCGGUACAUGAAGGCCUUUAACUGUGACAUUACCACUGAGGAAGUAUUUGGUGUGCUUGGAGACUGCAGUCUCGAUAUAGCAACGCUCAUUUUCGUUUUGUCCGCUAUACACCCGGAUAAAUUUUCGUUGGUUAUCAAAAACAUCUUCCGGCUGAUGAGACCCGGCGGAACUGUACUCUUCCGAGAUUAUGGAUUGUACGAUAUGGCACAGUUGAGAUUCAAACCGGGGCACAAGAUAGCGGAAAAUUUCUACAUGCGGCAGGACGGAACUAGGAGCUACUAUUUCACGGAGGAUGAAGUGAGUAGUCUUUUCGAAGCAGCUGGUUUUGAAACUAUCGUGAACAGUUACAUUCACCGGAGAACGAUAAAUCCAAAGGAAAACAUCGAUGUUCCAAGGAUAUUUGUGCAGGGAAAGUUCAGGAAACCUUCCGGAUGAGGCAGACAUUGGUAAUGGAUUGAUUGUGGAACAAUUGAAAAUUGAGGUCCUUGUUGACUACGGUAAUGGGAGGAUGGUUGUUUUCUGUAAAUGGCCGAAUAGAAGGUGUUACCUUAUACAGACCGUAAUUUAACAUCGAUUCCGGAAACGUUAGGGUCGAUUGGUAGACACUCACACAACGGGAACAGAUGAAACAGAUGACACGCAUCGGAAAAAGCCGGGUUCAAACAAUGCAGAUCUCUAAUGUUUAUGCUCAAGGGAAGAAUAGCUGAAUCUAAUCGAAGUUGGCCGAAGCGAAGAUGCUCUGAUGUCUGGCCUCAACACCCGAAAAAUGUUCGCACUCAGAUGUCGAGUUAUCAAAUAUCAUCCACACCAGUGGAGAUUGCUCAUAAGUUGCUGAAGGAAGUUCUCGGAAGUCACGGCACCUCUGCGUUGAAAAUAUCUCUUCGCUGGAAGCCAGCUCGCUGCUCAUCUCAAAAUAACUAUUCGUUGGUAUAUGUGAAAUGUUUUCCGGCGAAUCAUCUGCGCACCUCGAAGUCAAGAGGAUCCAAGCACAACCAAGAAUCGGUGGACGACACAUGGGACAACAAACUCAUCCGCAACUAUCCGAUUCAUCAUCGCUCGCAUUGGAUGUCAAGCGAUUUGUCGGAAAAACCUACAAGAAAAUGCUAGCAAAGGACGAAACUGACGAGGAAUUACAGAUAAUUCGUUUUUGUUUAGUUCCAAUCUAACGGCUGUCAAAACAUUUUUCAUUCGCUCAUGUUGAACCCAGUUUUACGGCAUCAUUCUUGCGAUUUUGUCUCCAGAAGAAAUUGGACUCUAUGGAGUGGUCAGGAGAAAAAAUAGAUGGCAACAUAUGUCACAUUCGUAUGUUUCUGGAUAAUAAUAAAUUUUACUGAUACCCCAAUAUUAAAAA